CCUGUAUCUGUAAUCCAAGUAAAAAAGCCAGUCGUCUCUUUUCUCUUCUCCUCUCUUCGCUUCUCUUCUCUUCUCUUCUCUCUCUCUCUCUCUCUCGACAUUGAAGAAGUCAUCUCCCCCAGAACCCUAAAACCCUAGAAUUUCUCCAUACAAUUUGUCAAACGCAAUGAAUGUUAAAUUGAACGGUGAUGUUUAUUUUACAUUUCUAACAUUACAGGCAACAUGAAAUAAAUUUUAUUCGAAAACCGCAACGCAAUUGAAAAAGUCUGAUUCUUUUACUUCGAUCGUUUCUGUAAAGCCCUAGAAAUCUCACGACCAUGUCGUGGGGAUUGGGCUGGAAGAGGCCUUCCGAAAUCUUUCAUCUGACCUUGAAUUAUGGUACUGAAGAAGCUGCGGUUGCGGAGGACGACAACAGGGCAUCGUCCUCGUCGUUGUCUUCGUCCUCUGAGCCGUCGCAGGAUCAGGAUUUAGGGUUUCGGAUCGAGCUGGACUGGUCGGCUGGGGAUGACGAGGAGCAGGUGGCGCUGAGGCUGCAGUCGCAGCUGAUGGUGGCGCUGCCACUGCCGCAGGACACAGUGGUGCUGGAGAUGAGGGCGGUGGAGGAGGAGGGGGGGAAUGUAGGUGUAGACAUGAAGGUGGUGAAGCGGAGAGAGCCGCUGAGGAGCGUUGCCAUGUCGAAGGCCGUCGGGUCCGGGCAGCAGAGCGACGGCAUCGGCGUUCUCACGCGGUUGAUUAGAUCGAGUCUCACACCUCCGGCUUCUGCUGUCGUGGAUGGGGUGUCAAGUUGCGGCGAGCAUUGGAAGAGCGUCACUGUUGUGAACCUCUGUGGGUGUGGCUUGUCGGUAUUGCCUGUAGAGUUAACUCGACUGCCACUUCUUGAGAAGCUAUACCUUGACAAUAACAAGCUAACACUGUUGCCACCUGAGCUUGGUGAGCUGAAAAACUUGAAAGUUUUCAGUGUUGACAACAACAUGCUGGUUUCUGUACCUGUAGAGUUGAGACAGUGCAUUGAACUGGUGGAAUUGUCAUUGGAGCACAAUAAGCUAGUCCGACCUCUUCUUGAUUUCAGGGCUAUGGCCGAGUUACGCAUUCUUAGGCUUUUUGGUAAUCCUCUUGAAUUUCUCCCUGAGAUUUUGCCAUUGCAAAAACUUCGCCACUUGUCCCUUGCAAAUAUCAAGAUUGUGGCUGAUGAAAAUUUACGAUCUGUGAAUGUACAAAUAGAGAUGGAGAAUAGUUCUUAUUUCGUUGCAUCGAGACACAAAUUGAGUGCUUUUUUCUCUCUUAUAUUCCGUUUUUCUUCGUGUCAUCACCCUUUACUAGCAUCUGCACUAGCUAAGAUCAUGCAAGACCAAGGAAACCGUGUAGCUGUUGGUAAAGAUGAGAAUGCUCUGCGACAGCUGAUAAGUAUGAUAAGUAGUGACAAUCGUCAUGUGGUUGAACAAGCGUGCUCUGCUCUUUCAUCCCUCGCUGCAGAUGUUUCAGUAGCAAUGCAGUUGAUGAAAUCUGACAUAAUGCAGCCAAUUGAAAGAGUAUUAAAAUCUACUGGCCCAGAAGAAUUAGUUUCUGUAUUGCAAGUUGUGGUCAAUUUGUCUUUUGCAUCUGAUUCUGUCGCUCAAAAGAUGCUGACAAAGGAUGUAUUGAGAUCGCUGAAACUGUUAUGUGCUCAUAAAAACCCAGAGGUUCAAAGACUAGCUUUAUUAGCUAUUGGAAAUUUGGCCUUCUGCAUGGAGAAUCGCCAUACUCUUGUUACCUCAGAAAGUUUGCGGGAUCUUCUAUUGCGUUUAACGAUUGUACCAGAGCCAUGUGUAUAUAAAGCUGCAGCUCGUGCUUUGGCAAUUCUCGGAGAGAAUGAAAAUCUGCGGCGUGCCAUAAGAGGGAGGCAGGUUGCAAAGCAAGGACUGCGCAUACUUUCAAUGGAUGGGGGUGGCAUGAAAGGUCUGGCAACUGUGCGGAUUCUUAAAGAAAUUGAGAAGAGAACUGGAAAGCGGAUACAUGAGAUGUUUGACCUUAUAUGUGGCACCUCAACCGGAGGCAUGCUUGCUGUUGCUCUCGCAAUCAAACUAAUGACCUUGGAUCAAUGUGAAGAAAUAUACAAGAAACUUGGAAAGCUUGUGUUUGCUGAACCUGUGCCAAAGGACAACGAGGCAGCAACUUGGAGGGAGAAGUUGGAUCAGCUUUACAAAAGUUCAUCACAAAGUUUCAGAGUCGUUGUGCAUGGAUCUAAACACAGUGCUGAUCAAUUUGAGAGGCUGUUGAAGGAGAUGUGUGCUGAUGAAGAUGGAGACUUGUUGAUAGAGUCUGCAGUUAAAAGCAUUCCAAAAGUUUUUGUAGUAUCAACUCUGGUCAGCAUGAUGCCAGCGCAGCCUUUUUUAUUCCGUAAUUAUCAGUAUCCUGCUGGUACUCCUGAGUUACCUUUUGCACAUUCAGAUAGUUCAGCUGUCAGUGGGCUAGGAACAGCAACUACUGGUGCUCAAGUUGGCUACAAGCACAGUGCUUUUAUUGGAAGCUGUAAGCAUCAUAUAUGGCAAGCUAUCAGAGCAUCAUCUGCUGCUCCAUACUAUCUUGAUGAUUUCUCUGAUGGAGUGAGUCUCUGUUUUCCUACUGCUACUCUUGCAGAAGUACACCGCUGGCAAGAUGGUGCUAUAGUGGCAAACAAUCCUACUAUUUUUGCCAUUAGAGAAGCUCAACUUCUGUGGCCUGACACAAGAAUUGAUUGCUUGGUUUCCAUUGGAUGUGGUUCUGUGCCAGCAAAGGCCAGAAAAGGUGGUUGGCGUUAUCUGGACACUGGACAAGUGUUGAUUGAGAGUGCUUGCUCUGUUGAACGGGCUGAGGAAGCUUUAAGCACAUUGCUACCCAUGCUUCCUGAAAUACAUUAUUUUCGGUUUAAUCCAGUUGAUGAACGUUGCGACAUGGAGCUGGAUGAGACUGAUCCUGUGGGUUGGAUGAAGUUGGAAUCUGCAACUGAGGAAUACAUCCAAUACAACCCUCAGGCAUUCAAAAAUGCCUGCGAGAGGCUACUUUUGCCAUACCAACAUGAUGAAAAGUGGUCAGAGAAUUUGAAAUCUCAUCAGUUUCCAACGGCAAAGGCUUCAAAUUCUGAAGAAAAUAACCCUUCUUUAGGUCGGAGGCGUAAUGUACUACUUGUCGAAGCUUCUAACAACCCCAAUUCUGGAAGACUUGUUCAUCAUGCUCGGUCACUAGAGACAUUUUGUGCCCGAAAUGGAAUAAGAUUAUCUCUUUUGAAUGGGUUACCUGGAUCUUUGAAGACAGUACCAGCAACGACAUUUCCAACACCAUUUACCUCACCUCUUUUCACUGGAAGCUUCCCGUCAAGCCCACUUCUGUACAGUCCUGAUUUUGGUACUCAGAGGAUUGGACGGAUUGAUUUAGUCCCACCUUUAAGCUUGGAUGGAUUUCAAUCUGGGAAGACAGAUGCUUCGUCACCAAGGUCUCCUUCAGGACCCAGGCAGCUCUCUUCACCUGUCCGAUCAUUGCAUGAGAAAUUGCAGAGUUCUCCACAAGUGGGCAUUAUACAUUUAGCUCUCCAAAAUGACUCAUUGGGCUUAAUAAUAAGUUGGCAGAAUGAUGUAUUUGUGGUUGCUGAACCUGGAGAACUUGCAGAUAAGUUUCUACAGAGUGUUAAAUUUAAUAUGCUUUCAACGACAAGGGGUCGUCGCAGAAAGGAUGCAUCAACCAUUACCAACAUUUCAACUGUUGCUGAUUUGGUUGCAUAUCGACCAUACUUCCAAAUUGGAGGUGUAGUGCACCGGUACAUAGGACGCCAAACACAAGUCAUGGAAGAUGACCGGGAAAUUGGGGCAUAUAUGUUUCGUAGAACAGUCCCUUCCGUGCACUUAACACCUGAUGAUGUUCGUUGGAUGAUUGGAGCUUGGAGGGACCGGAUUAUCAUAUGCACAGGAAUAUACGGGCCUACCCCUACUUUGAUUAAAGCAUUCCUGGACUCUGGUGCCAAAGCUGUAAUAUCCCCUUCAGCUGAACCUUCUGAAGUACAAAUGGGCAUUUUCCAUGGAUCCGGGGAGUUCAAUGUUUUUGAAAAUGGGAAGUUUGAGAUUGGAGAGGAAGAGGCCGAAGAUGAAGAAGUAGAACCUGUCAGUCCAGUGAGUGACUGGGAAGAUAGUGAUGCUGAGAAAAGUGGGGAGCAUCCGAUGGGCUUUUGGGAUGAUGAUGAGGAGGAGCUGUCGCAGUUUGUGUGUCAGUUCUAUGACACAUUGUUCUGGGAAGGUGUAAGCGUUGAUGUUGCUCUACGCAAUGCUCUUGCCUCACAUCGCAGGCUGAGGUAUUCUUGCCACCUCCCUGGUAUGCCAUAGCUUGUAGAAAAAAUUUUGUACAUGAAGACGAAAAUUGAAGCCUGCAAAAGUAGGGAAUAAGAAAAUAGAUGUGUUGAGUAAAAUAACUGAAAAAAAAAAAGAAUAAUAAGAGAUGACAUCCAAUUUUGAGGCUCAUUACAAAUUAACCAUCCUAUGUUGAGAUGAAAUUCUCAGGCUCAUUACAUUAACACGAAGUAAAUAGUUUUACAUUUAUAGAUAUACAGAUGUACAGAAUUGAUGCUCCAUUUCAACACAUUUUAUUCUAUAUGCUUCUGCUAUGUUCAAAGAGCAAACUCUUAAGAUUC